AUUAGGUUGUUUUGGGCUCUGGGCCUGAGAUAAGAUAUAGUAUGAUUAGAUAAUGUAUUUCGCCUGGGGCGAGAUCCUUUGGGAUCAGUUAUGAUUUUACUUUAGGUGCCGAGCUGACGUCAUGCAAUGUGUACCCGAGAUCAUCCUGCGCCGUGGUGCCGAGCUCUGAGCUCGGUUUCACGGAUCGGAUAGUACAUUAGUCCCUCGAGCUCCGAAGACCGUGAGUCGAGGAGUUUAAGGUUGAGCUCGUCAGGGAAGGAGUAUUUCUCGUGAAAGGGGCUUGUCGAGGUGCCACGUGUCGCAGCUAUCCAUUUCCUGGAAUCGUGCGUGUGGCGCAUUGAAGGAAAUGACGGUUAUACAAUGAUGGUUUCAUUUAAUGGGCGGUCAGGUGUGCCCCCCAGCUGACACGUGUCGUGGUCGUUUGAAUUUCUGGGAAACCUUUUUCUCUUUCUCGCGCCUCUUCUCUUUUCACUUCACCUUUCUUUUUUCACCCUUUCGGCUUCUUGUGCACGCUUUCCUUCCUUUCCUUCUUAUCUUCAUUCUUUCUUUCUAUCGAUGGCCGGUGGUCGUGGUGCUAGUUCUUCUGCGUCUGCCAGGGGCAGGACGCGCGGCCAGGUGGUGGCUACUGGAAGUGCCGUCGCCUCGAGGGCGGGUUCGCCUCCACCUGCAGACCUGGAACAGGGCGUUCCUGGUUAUGGAUGGGUGAAACGUGAAAUGGCCAAGGUUGAGAGUGUCUUUAAAUCUUUCUUGGAGGUUAACUCGGUUUGGAGGACACAUAGGGUUUGCGACCCCUCAAUCUCCCAACUGAUUCGGUUGGAGCCCUGUCCGGCCGGAGAUUGUGUAUUCAUGGGGGAGUCUACCGGCCCACCCCAUUUUUAUGUGUAUCAGUGCUUUUUCAGGGACCUGGGCAUCCGUCUUCCCUUCACUCAGUUCGAGUGUGACUUUUUGAACUAUAUUAAUGCCGCCCUCAGCCAGUUGCAUCCCAACAGUUGGGGUUUUCUGAGGGCCUUUCAAGUUCUCUGUACAGUGUUAGGGAUAGAGGUGUCUCUUCGCGUUUUCCUCAGCUUUUAUCAAUUAAAGUCGGGUGCUCCACCUUAUGGCGUUCUUUCUUUGAAUGGGGGUAAAGAUGGGGGUCUGUUUACCCUUUAUUCCCAAUCUUACAAGAAUUACAAGCAGGAGUUUUUUCGAGUCGCUCUUGUUGGUGUUGACCCAUCUGAGGAUGGUGCGUUUUACUUCGGUGGGCUGCCGAAGUUUCCUCUUUAUUGGUGUCCCGACCCGUCUGGGUUCAAUGGGGUGGAUCCUUCGCAGUUGACGGCCUCGGAGGUGGCUUCCAUUGAGAAUCUCAAGGCGCUUCCCCGUCCUCUGGAUGUUAAACUCGUUCUGUCACUUGAGAGUUCGUUGCACAGAGAGAGCGGUUUGGAGAGUAUAUUGGGGAAAAACUCGUGGCGCGAGUUAAAGCACCGUUAUAGGGUUACCGAGCUCGAGUGAUGGAGG